UAUAGCAGGACUGCGGCGGGCAUCCUGACACUGGAGGGAACUGAUUUGGUGCCACUGACAUCCCCAGUGACACCAAUACAUUUAUCAGUGCUAAAAAAAAGCACUGACACAGUACUAAUGGCACUGGGCAGGAAGGGGUUAACAUUAGGGGCGAUCAUUGUGCAAGGAGUGUUUUACAUAGGGGGCCGUGUCAGUGUGCUUCCCUUUAAGCACAGUGCUCUGGAUGGCUGUGCUGCGCACAGCCAUCCAAAGCAGUGUGCCCUAGUUGACAGGGAGGAGAACUGUUAGUAAACAAACAGGCACCGGGACCCGGUGAU